AUGAUCAAUAAUAAAUUCAUUUUGAUUAUUAUUAGUGCUAUUGUUGGUCUUAUUCCAAUUAUUCUUGGUAUUGUUGCUCUUGCAACACCAAAAUGGAUUGUAGUAAAUUUAGUCGACCAAGAAGCGAGUAGUACAUAUGGACUUUUUCAACAAUGUAGCAGCAUGGAGAUUGGAAACGGUAGCAUUACAAGCUGUGCGGAUAUUAAAUCUGCAUUUCAGACAGUUCAAGGUUUACAAAUAGCUGGUGUGGUUAUCCUAACCGUGGGCGUUGUCAUUGCUAUUAUCAUCAAACAGUUUUUACCAAAGUAUUUUUUGAAAUUAUCUACACCCUUAUUACCAUUGAUCGGCUCUGUUCUUAUUCUCGUUGGUUCUCUUCUGUUUGCUAAAUAUGUUAUCGAACAUUUUAGUCGCAACCUUAUUUAUGUCACAAUUGGUUACAGUAUGGUUUUAAUGGUUAUCGCCUGUAUUUGUGGCUUUGUCAUAACUGUUCUAUUCGCCUUCGAUGCAGGUUAUAGUUAUGGUAAUAGUCGUAGCACGGUCAAUUUUGGAUAG